CGCUGGUCAACCAAGUGCGUGUCGAUUGAUGCCAGAAUUUUUAUUUUCAUCGGUAUAUAGACCCAAGAAACAAUACGGAAACACGACUCAGUACCAGUGCCAUUAUUCAUUUGGAUAACCAAAGAGAAGCAAAAAAAUGGGAAAAUCCAAUCGGAAUAACAAGGCGAGGGCACUUCGCUCUGACCCCAUCGCCAAGCCCGUCAAGCCGCUAUCCGAUCCUGAGCUCGCGGCACUUCGCGAAGCCCGGAUUCUCCCCGUCAUCAAGGAUCUCAAGAGUCCCGAAGCCAAGUCACGCACGGCUGCGGCGAGAGCUAUUGCCAACAUAGUCCACGAUACAAAAUGCCGAAAGCUGCUCCUUCGCGAACAAGUCGUGCACGUUGUCCUCACCGAGACUCUCACUGACGCCAGCCCCGACAGCAGAGCAGCCGGCUGGGAGAUUCUCAAGGUCCUCGUGCAAGAGGAGGAGGCCGACUUCUGUGUUCAUUUGUACAGACUCGACAUUCUGACUGCCAUCGAGCAUGCCGCAAAAUCGAUCAUCAAGACCCUCACUGCAACUGAACAGCCCUUUGGAAAGCUGCUCAAGGCCCAGCAGCGCCUCGUCUGGGAGAUUACCAGCUCCUUGAUCGCCCUUCUCACCCCCAUUGCGCUGGCCCGGGAUGAGAUUCUCGACGCCGUCGUCGCAAAUCCGACGAUUCUGCGGUUCCUCUUCCGCCUAGUUGCCUCAGACCUAGUGCCACAGGAAAUCUUCGAGGAGACCCUCUCCUGUCUAAUGGUCUUGUCCGAAGACAACCUGCCGCUCGGACAGGCCCUCACCGAUGACCAAGAGACGCGGUGCUACGACGAGCUCCUAAAAUUCAAGACGGGCGGUGGUGUGAGAGCAGUGCUGGCCUGCGGCGUGCUCCAUAACGUCUUCUCGUCACUACAGUGGCUCGAUCACAGUCCGGGCAAGGAUGGCGCCUACGAUGCGAUCCUAGUCCCGAGCCUGUCCCAGGAGCUGGAGCAGGUGUCCUCCAGCAACGGCAGCCUCAAAACCAGCAACCCCGAGAUUGCGCAAGUAGCUUUGGAGAUCCUGGCAUCCAUCGGCACAGACCUGCAGAACACGCUCGAGAAGGGUAACCGUCCCCAACCUGGCGCAGCCGGCAAGUCAAAAGAUGAGGAAUGGAACGGAAUAGGUGAUGAGGCUGCGGACAUUGACGUGGACGCGGUGGCCGAGGCGGACGAUGAUGAUGCGAUGGAUGUCGAUGGGGGCCACGAGAAGGACGACUCAGACCAAGAUGACAAGGAUGAGGCUGGUUCGGAUGACGACGACGACGACGACGACCUUGACGAGGAUAUGGACCUAGUCACGGGCGGCGAUGACUCUGUUCCAGACGCCGCCGGCCUCGACGACCUGCCCACGUUGCGAGAGCUGAUACAGAAGGCUCUCCCGCAACUCAUCCGGCUCUCGAGUGCUUCCGCAGAUAGCGACGAGACUGUAGCCAUCCAAAUCCAGGCCUUGUCGGCCUUGAACAACAUCGCAUGGACCAUAUCCAUGAUCGACUUCGCCGAGGGGGAGAACGCCCACGUCUUUGACGUCUGGGCCCCGGCAGCGAAGAAGAUUUGGCAAAAGACCAUCACCCCGAUCCUCGACUCGGACAACGCAGACAUAACGUUGGCCACGCUAGUGACGAGCCUUGCAUGGGCCAUCGCGCGGAGUCUGUCUGGGGACACUCCUUCUGACGGGACCCAGCACCGCAAGUUCAUGGCACUCUACCAGGCGUCCAAGGGGCUCGAGCACCACGACGAGGGCGGGGAUGAGGGUCACUGCGGGUGCGACUGCGGAGACGACGAUCCGCUUCAGAGCCUAGGCGUCAAGUGCAUCGGCGUGUUGGGCUGUCUUGCUCGCGCUCCCGCUUCCAUCGACGUCAACCGCGAGAUUGGCGUCGCCUUCAUGUCACGCCUAGCCAACACCAACGACGUGGCGCCGCCCGCCGAAAUCAUCGAGAUGUUGAACCAGCUAUUUGACAUGUACGCCGACGAGGAGCAGGCGUACGAUAAGGAGGUGUUUUGGAAGGACAACUUCCUGCAGCAUCUGCAAGAAUUGCUGCCGAGGCUCAAGAUCAUCGCUAAAGGUGUUGACAAGAGGGCCUUUGAGGAGCUGAGGACAAAGGCGGACGAGGCUGUGCUGAACCUGGCGAGGUUUAUACAGUACAAGAAGAAGCAUGCACCACGGUGA